UCUCAAUAUGGUCCAAAACGACAAGCAAAUAUAUAAAAUUUUAACGGUAUUUGAAUCCAUUAACCGGGUACUUCCUUAUGGAGGGCUCAAGAACUUCGAGUACACCAGGUGUCUUCAGAUGAGCCUAAUCUGCGGACCUUCAAACAAUCUGUUUUUUGCGAGAAAAGAUAUCACAGCAUAUAGGACAUCGCUAGGUGAACCACCGGCGGUAGGUUCUACGACUUGCUAGUCUAGAUUCCUUACUAAUUCUUGAUACUCUACGUGUUACCGUCGCCAUAUGAGGAAAGAACUGCGGGGAAGGCAAUCCCCCCUACUACUCCGACGGUAACAGUAGCUAGCGGUGAGGUUAUUGGAAUCACAACAGGGAUUUCUUCUGCCCCUACUGCUUUGGUAAACAAAUUCCUUGGUGAUCCUUUCGCAAACCAUCCAGAACGGUUCUAGUUAGCAGAAAACCCCUUACCAUGGAUAUCGGGAAUCAACCGCGACAGCAUUUAAGCCGUCUUGUACCUAGCAGUUUACUUAUAUGCUCGUUUAUCGCAUCUGUACUAUCUUUCGCUUAAUUUGCCUUGAAGUUGAAUAUCUGAGGGAGCUUGAGGACAUACCCCCACUCCCAGAGAGUGAAAAUUGCCUCUACCUUGACAUCUUCACUCCUGCGAGUCACUUACCUCUUGGUGGCAGGCCGGUUUGUCAUGGAUCCAUGAAGCUUUUCAGUUUGGUUCCGCCUGCUUGGGCAUUACGAUGGCUCAUAUCUAGCAGCUAGUGGGAAUGUUGUGAUUGUCUCCAUUAACUACCGGAUGAACGUUCUUAGCUUCCCAAAAUCCCCUGAUAGUCCGCUCGCACAACGCAAAUUUUUGGGCUUUAUGAUCAACGCAAGGCUCUCAAGUGAACCAGCCAGAAUAUCCACGCCUUUUGUGGUGUCCUUCUCGGCUCACGGUAUUCGGCCAAUUUGUUGGGGCUUAUUCUGUGAAACAACUGAUAGCAAAGCCUCCUGAGCCGCUACCGUUCCACGCUGCGAUCAUGCAGAGUCAAGCACCAGAAUUUGAAGAAAGAAGCAGCAUUGACUCUUGGGACAUUCUAGUCAGCGAACUUAACUGCAAUGCGUCACUAUAGGCAAUGCAAUGACCCAGCUAGACUGCAUACGACUGCAUACGACUCGCUGAUGCAGAACACAUCAAACAUAUCAUUAAUCGCCAAGCCCUAAUCUUCUCACCUACUAUCGACAAUAAAACCAAUGCCAACUACGUUGAAGAGAUCCUCAAAUCACCAACAGCUACGCACGUACAAAUUCUCAUCGGCGGCAAUGCUAUCCCCAACUGUUGCCAAUUCCUCCAUCCUUCUCCACCAAUCUUUCGGGAACAAUUCCGUUGCCCAGAAAAGGGCCCGCGCAGCGUAUAUUUUGGUCGAUAGUAGUAUAGUUCCUCAUUUUCUCAGCACCGUGGUCUGGUCUUG